AUGGUCGAGCUGCAGUCCAUCUUCAAGAAGGCGUACUGGUCGCUCGCCGCCGGAGGACUUGUAUACGUGAGCAUCAUCUGCUCGUUGACAUAUCCGGCAGUCCAACGCUUUGCUCUCUAUGCGAAUAAAAUCAACCCCAGUGCCUGGCAGGAUGUCAAUAACGUCGAACCGUUUGGAUUCCUGAGGACACAGGUCCAGCCGUUCAACCUCGUGACACCUGAUAAUGAAACCCUGUAUGCGUGGCAUAUCCUCCCCUUGCAUCUCUGCCUGGAACAUGAGAAGGAACUGGAUGCCAAUGCGCCAUCCGGUCCAGCUGAAGAUUAUACACGAACUUCUGCUUUCAAGCUUCUAGCCAAUGAUCCCAAUGCCAGGGUUGUGAUACAAUUCCACGGUAAUGCAGCCCACAUCGGCUCUGCCCAACGACCAGACAUCUAUCGGUCGCUCGUGGGCAUUUCAUCCCCCGCGAACCCAGUCCAUGUCUUCGCCAUAGACUAUCGUGGGUUUGGCAUAUCUACCGGCACCCCGACUGAGGAAGGGCUGAUCACAGACGGUAUGACAUUGCUCAAUUUCCUCACUUCUCCCCCUUGA